GUUUUCUGUCAAAGAGGGAAGGUCACAUGCGUGGUUUUGAACGAGCUACUUCUAAACAUCACAGACUGCUAAUUUUUAAGUUUAUGUUGUAACAAUCGAUAUAGUUGUUGUUUGUAACAGUGCUGCCUCUUGUACACGUGAAUAUGAUUUAAAUGGAUACAAUAUCUACUUAAUUUUUGUUUUUCUCUUGGCUAGCUAAUGCUUUUCUUCCAAAAUGUUGCGGAAUAUACUAAAAUUCAACAUUGGGCUUGGGAAUGCUUUGUUACACAGUAAAAGGUUUCCAUGCAAGCAGCCUCAAGCUUGGGUGAAGUACUCUACAGCACCUGAAAGAAAACGGAUUUAUCAAAAUGUCAGCAUAUCACAAAGUGAUAAUGGUUUGUAUGAGAUAAAUUUGGAUAAAAGGAAGCUGAAAACCCCUGGAGGAAAGUUGUUCACGGCACCAAAUGAAGCCUUGGCCAUCGCUGUAGCAACUGAGUGGGAUUCUCAACAAGACACCCUCAAGUUUUACACCAUGCACCUGACAACACUUUGCAACACUGCUUUAGACAAUCCCACACAACGUGAUGAAGACCAGAUGAUCAAUGCUGCUCUUAAGUAUCUAGAGACUGAUACAGUAUGUUACAGAGUAGAAGAGCCUUAUGAUUUAGUAGAUCUUCAGAUCAAUGAGUGGGACCCUGUGCUUCACUGGACUGAGGACAGAUAUAAUGUCAAAAUUGGUUCAUCCACCAGUAUUUUGGGCCCUGAGAUUCCUGAAGCAACUAAAGAAACUUUCAGACAACACCUCAAAUCUUACAACUUUUGGUCCCUGACAGGGCUGGAGUACGUGAUCACUCAGCUCAAAUCUGUUGUGCUGGCUCUGGCUAUGAUUGACAGACACCUGUCUGUAGAGAAAGCUGUGCUGCUCUCAAGACUGGAGGAGGAGUACCAGAUUCGCCAGUGGGGGAAUGUGGAGUGGGCCCAUGAUUAUGACAUGUAUGAACUGAGAGCACGGACUGCUGCUGGAGCCCUUUUUGUCCAGCUAUCUUCUGAGACUUCAUCUGUUAAGCGCAAACUAUUACAAGACUAAAAACUAAAGCUUUCACAGAA